AUCCCUUCAUUACCCCACUGGUUUGUUCGCACGCCAAGGACCCAAAUCGUCAUACCCUCGAAGCUUCCGUUUGAUUGAAUCGGAGGUAAAACAAGUCGGCCACCGCCUUCUCCGUCGCCGGAUAACUCAUUGAUCCCGUCGCUCUAACAGCAAUCCGAUAUUCGUGAUUAUGGUUUUCUGAAUUUGAUUCAGGCGAGUUGCGUAUAGGGUUUUGAUUAAUUCGCGAUAUGCCGAUUCGGCGUAGUACGAGUUUCGAAGUUUUGACGGUUUUUCUUCUUGUUUCGGUAUCUCUGAGCUGCUGUUCAGAGGGCGAAGAAUCGGCGGUUGUUACGCUUGAUUCCAUCGUAAUAUACAAGACGCACGAAUGGUUAGCUUCGAAACCGACUGUUUAUUUUAAAUGUCAAGGGGGAAAUAAGACGAAAUUGCCUGAUGUACAGAAAGUGCAUGUUCUAUACAGCUUCAAUGGUGAAGAAUCUUGGCAGCCAUUGACUGAAUUUAAAAGCAAAAAGUGUAAGCGAUGUGGGUUCUAUGAGGAGGACAGCAUUAAAUCUGAUGAUGUAUUUGAAGAAUGGGAGUUAUGUCCAUCUGAUUUUACCGCACCUGAUGGGGAAUAUGUUCGAUACAACAAAAAAGAGUUCAAUGCCACUUUUCUGUGCUUGGAGUGCACAGCUUAUUCCAAUGUUACCAGUUCAAGCUCACAUUCACACGAUACAGAAAAGGGAAUGCAUGCUGCUGCAAUCAUACUUAUCAGUGUUAUAGUUUCAACUGUGUUAAUUAUUGGUAUGGUGAUAGGAUACAAGUAUUGGCAAAAAAAGAGAAGAGAGCAAGAUCAGGCCAGAUUCCUGAAGCUGUUUGAAGAUGGGGAUGACAUCGAGGAUGAAUUGGGCCUUAACGAUGUAAUUUAAGAAGAUUUGGUACACAUCAAGAAAGAGAAAUACAUCUUUCCUGGAGGGGAUGAAAAGCAGCAAAAAGAAGAGAAAAAGAAAGGCAUCAUCACCAGAUUAGUUGCCAAAGCAUCUUUAUCAAAUUUCUUUCCUCCACAGUGAACAAACAAGAAGCCGAAUAAGAAUCCUUUUCCUCUUUGCUUUCAGGCAAGAGAUAUGCCUUGCUCAGACCGUCGGCGUAGUGGCUAACAUGUGCUACACACCAUUGCUCUUAUCUUCUGAGGUACAUGCCAAUGAAGGCACUCUUUCAGUCCCUGGACAUGCAAUUCACUAAUGAUGUUAGUACAACAUUUUUAAAAAGACACGUCCAUAGACUUUAGUUUGUGUUGUUACCAAAUUCUGGACAGAAAUAUAUUUGUUCUUAACGUGAAAA